AUGAACCGCUUCUCUGGAAAGUCUGUCAUCGUGACAGGAUCUUCAAGUGGAAUUGGUCGAGCCACUGCGGUGCUCUUUGCGAAAUAUGGAGCCCAGGUAACAAUCACUGGUAGAGAUGCUGGAAAACUCGAGGCUACCAAGAAAAAGAUGCUGAAGGUCAUGAAGAAUCCGGAGAAUGUGUGUGUUGUCGUGGCGAACUUGACGGAUUCUGAUGGGCAAGACGAGAUUGUGCAAUCGGCGCUCGAUGCUUUUGGGAGGAUUGAUGUACUGGUGAACAACGCCGGUGCCAAUGUGGUCGACGGUACCUUUAACACUGAUCAAUCUACCGAGCUGUACCAUAAAACAUUUCAAAUCAAUUUUGAAGCCGUCAUCGAGAUGGUGAAAAAAACCAAAAAUCACCUGAUCGAAUCGAAAGGUGAAAUUGUGAAUGUCUCCAGUGUAGCUGCAGGACCACAGGCGCUUGCUCCAUCCCCCUAUUACGCAGCCUCCAAAGCCGCCCUAGACCAAUACACACGUUGCGUGGCACUUGAUCUCAUCUUGCAAGGGGUUCGUGUUAAUUCAGUGAGCCCGGGUGUCGUCACGUCCGGGUUUCUGGGGGCAAUGGGAAUGUCGGAGCAGGUCCAGAAACAGAUCGAAGAGAACUUCACUUCUAACAGAGCCUGCAUUCCUGCAGGAGUUUGCGGAAAGCCUGAGGACAUCGCCGAGCUUAUUAUUUUUUUGGCGGAUCGCAAGAGAUCUUCUUACAUAAUAGGACAGUCGAUUGUGGCCGAUGGAGGAACUUCUUUGGUUUCAGGGCUCACCGCUCAAAACAUUCAGCGAAACAAUUGA